CAAAGUCUUUCGCGGCACCUCUUUGCCGCUGUGAGUACUACCUCAAGGCUCAAGUGGAUUUCGCCCAGACAUUAACGUAGGUACUCAUAAAAUCGUGGCUCUUGACGCAGACUGCUGCUGUCGCUGCGCUGCCCUCAUCAAAAUCCCAGCUUGAACUUGUGAAUUCGACAAGACCCCCAAAUCAUCUUCGGCUCUACCUGCCUUGCCCUCAUUCGUGUGUGCCUUACAUCACCUUAGGUAACGACUUGGAGCCUACCUCGUCUACUGCCUUAGCCCGGCUUGAACCUUCCCGCUCACCUUACCUCACUUCAACUUGCCCUUUUACCCCUCCAAAACAAAACAAAAAAGGCCCAUUCUUGACCUCGUGGACCCGGAUACUCUGCGCGACCCCUCCAUCGCUCCCCCGAACACCCAACGCAUCUUUGCGACUGAACUUCACAUCCAGUCUUUACCGAUUCCUGGUUAGCUUUCCGAGCCUCCCGCGACCCUGAACCAUGGCGUCAUCCGGUCUCGGGGGAGGUUCCAUCCUCCUCGCCUUCUGCUUGCUCCUGGUGCUUCUGCCAGGUCGCGCCGCUGCCUUUGGCGCUGGCAACAUCCCCUCUAUUGCUCAGGUCGAGGGUGUUAAUUGGCGUCAUGGAGAUAUCGAGGACAUGCUCAAAACCAUUGCUUUCUUGCAUGGCAAGAAAUGGACCUCCAUGUUGGUAUCCCGAGUCUACUUUGGCAACUGGCUUCGAGACUACUCCCAAGCCGUCGAUGUCGGUAGCUUGAAGGGAGUCAACGCUCCCACCAUCAGAAUCCUGGUAUGGGUACUCUCCUUCAUGGCCUUUGGCUAUGCGACGGAAGAAUUCGAGGUCACCGAGGAGCGCCUCGGCGUCUACCGCCCUGAGGAACACAUCGACAACCCCCUGGGCUACGCUGAUGGCAUGGACGCGCGCAAGUUCGACCCUCGCCUGCGUGGUCCCGUCGACUCUGUUGAGACACAGAUCGAUCCCCGCACUGGCAUGAAGAACUACAUUGCCAAUGAGUCUGGUGGUUGGGCGACCAGCGCCGGCUACUUGCGCUUCAGUUUCGCCCGCAGCAUCCACUUCGGCCGGGUCUACACCAGCGGUUCGCGGGGUUCUGGAAAAGAGGCCGAUCUCUGCGAAGCAUUGCGCUGUCUCGGACAGGCUCUCCAUUGUAUGGAGGACUUCAGCGCGCACAGCAACUACUGUGAGCUUGCUCUUCGAGAGCUGGGUUACCACGAGGUCUACCCUCACUGCGGUACUCAGACUGAAAUCAACCUGAAUGGUCGCCGUGUUUACCCUAUCGUCACGGGUACCUUCGGUGCUGUGGACUUCUUGCACUCCGUUCUCGGAGAAGCUACGGACCACUUCACACAGUCUGAGGUAGAUGAGAUGAAUGUCGCCUUGAAGAAUGCCGAGGGAAUGUCUGCGAACAUCACUGGCGGCACCGGAUCCCGUGGCUUCUUGGGAAUCGGCUCCUCUAAGCCGAACGACUUCAUCUCCCUCGUCGGUCAGCUUCCUGGCAUUGGCGGAGAUCUGGCCACCCAAGCUCGCAGUCUGCAGGCCCAGUCGAACGCACAAGAGCAACAGAACACUCGGUCUGGGGGCGACCUCAGCCGUGGUGACCUCAGUCGCGAGAGCUCCAACCAGGUCCCCGGUAUGAGCACCAACUUUGACCCUGUGGAGACUGCGCGCAAGAUCUAUCCGAUUCUUCAGUUCCGCGACAAGAUUGUCAAGUCCAUCAGCAACAUCAUUUCCAAGAUCCCAGGCCUAGAGAAGCUUUUGGACCACAUCAGUGAGACGCUAACUGCCUUCAUUUUGGGAUUGCUGGCGCCGUUUGUCAGGCCCAUCAUCACACAGGUCUCCAAGGUUCUGAAGGACGGUUCAUCUACUGUCAUUGACGCAAGCUCCAACUCUCAGCUGGAGCCCUGGAAGAACCCCAACUGCUCUGAUCCCACUCACUCCAUGCUCUCAAAGGACCAUUUCACCAACAUCCUGAACUCGUGCGCUGGCAGGGUUGCUGCGACCAUUUUGCAAUAUGUCGUCCCGCGAAUUCUGUAUGCCUGGGAAAACCCGGGUGUGCCUGUCGAUGAGGUCGUUAAUGAUGUCCUCCGGGCUUUCCACCAUCCGGCAGCUCGGGACGAGAGGGUUCAGAUCCAGAGAGAUAUGUUCGAGACUGUGCGAAAGUGGGCAAAUGAGAGCCCUCAUAAGCACCAACUGUCUCACCUGCUCUCAUCUGAGUCUGUCAAGGCUGGUAAGAACCAUGUUCUGUCCGGCGGUGAUGGCACGAAGAGCGUUGGAGGUCACACGCACUCUCAUGGAGCCUUCGACAGCUUUGGAGAGCUGGGACACGGCAAGGUGCAGGGUUCUCUCUGGAAUCAAAUUCGCACUCGAGAUCUUAGUUCCAUGGAAGGUGACGACAGGAAGCCUUUGUCAAGCUCUCCCCUCCCUUCAUCCCAGCAAGACUACGGAUACCACCAGAGCGGCGGUGACACCAGCCACCACUACUCGGAAAACCAGUCUCAGGGUGGUCAUGCUUCUGGCUACUACGGUGGCGGCCAGUCUGAACCCCAAGGCUAUGGCCAGCAGCCGCCUCAGCCGCCCCCGGGCCAGUGGGGCUCUCCUCAGCCUCCUCAGGGCUAUGGCGGACCGGGCUAUGGCGGCCCUCCAGCCGGAUACGGUGGACCGGGCUACGGCGGACCGCCACAGCCUCAGUACCCUCCUCACCAUGGAGGUCCACCCCCUCCGCAUCACCAGCAGGGCGGCGGCGGCGGCUGGAGCCAGUAUCCAGGCCAGCAUCGCUACUAGAUCGAUUUGCGCAGGGUGGUAAGGGGAAGGUUUCGUCUAUUAACGAUCGGGUCGAGGGUUACAGACUGGAGUCUUUGGGAACACGGAAAUGGAUUAGGUCGGAAGGGGCGGGGUACACAAUCCACGUAUGGCUGAUGAGAAUGAUUCCCUGGGACUGUGCUUAGCAGCACACGAAGUAUGAAUUGCAAUAAUUUUUCCCGUGCUUA